AUGUCUACCACUACUUCCAUGUCUACCACAACCACCUCCGCAACAGCAACAACCACAGCCUGCACAGGCAGUGUCUGGGAACUCCCCGGCAUCACCGAUGCAGCCUGCGGCGCCGCAAACACAGGCAACAUGACCUCCGUCUUCGACACCUGCUGCAAAGGCGACAAGCCAACCACCUACAACAGCGACUGUGGUAUCUACUGUCUAGCCCAGAACCAAAACGUCUCCAGCCUUCUACACUGCCUCCAAACCGAAAGCAACAACUACCAAGCUGUUUUCUGCAACGAUAAGCUCAACGCUACUGCUACUGAGGCUGCUACUACGACUAAAUCUACCGGUACUUCCACCGGUACCAAGACUAGUGGGACCUCGACCUCGACAAGCUCUAAGAAUGCGGCUGUUGGUGCUCAGCCUGUUUCAACUAUGGGAGUUGGGGUUUUGGCCGUGCUUUUUUGUUCGGCUAUGAUGGGUGUUGUUGCGUAA